UUAAAAUGUAAAAUCAUAACCUAAAACAAUGAUAAAUUUUUAUGUAAUGUUAGUCAAAAAUUGGAUAUAACAACCCGUUAGUUUAUUAAAAUGUGCUUAAUUUCACUACUAAAUAAGGUGAAUGAACAUUCUGAUAUUUGAUACUUUUAUAAUAUCAAAUGUGCUGUUGGAUUUAUGCUCAUAACGACGAGGCAAUAUGUAUAAUUCUAACUGGAGUGCGAUAUGUUCAGUGGAAAGCACUGUAGCCUCUGAUCAGUUUUGGACUUCAAUUAGAAUAUGGAAUGACAGACCGCAUAUUAUCAAUAGACGGCUAUUGGCAGUUGAAGUGUUGAAGAAGUUUAGAAUUGAAACCCAACAUUUAGAUAAUAUUGUUUCACUUCUGAAGGAUUCCAUCAGGAAAUCGAUUCUAUCAGACUCCAAAUCCGCUCCAAGUGGAUCUCAUUUGGAGGAGAUACUAAAAGGUUUUCCUAGCUUGAAUAUUUUAACGAAUGAUUCCAAUGUUGAUGAUUUUGAAGAUGACAGAGAGAAAUCUGUUGUUUGUGAGAUCAGGAAGCUGUUACCACGAUUCAAAAAUCACCAAGAAAAUACUAUAGAAUUAUCAAUAUUUGAUCAAUCACAAAAUCAUGCAACCUACAUUAAAAUCUAUCCGGAGACAAGGGAACAUUCUGUAUCACCCAACUGCAACUAUCGUUUGGAAUUCUCAAAUGGCAUGUUUAUGCUAUCCGUUGGAGCUGAACCUACUGGAAAUGUUGACAAUCGAACUAGCGAAACAGAAGUCUGCAAAGAACAAUCGAAGUAUGAUUUUCUGAAGAAGCAUCUCUUACCGAAACUUGUUCAGUUGGCUGAGAACGUCACACGUACAGGCCCUGUGAAGAGCUCCCUGCAACUUGUUUCUGUCAACAAGUACUGCUUGUUGUAUCAAAAUUUGAAGGACAAGUAUGGCAAAUUAUUUGUUGAGAUUUGGCCUGAACGCACAGACCCGUCUAAGUUUGUCUACGAAGACAUUGCUAUUGCUGCUUACCUGAUACUGUUAUGGGAGGAAAGUAAGCAGAGAUUCGUGGAUCUAGGGUGUGGCAAUGGAUUACUGGUUUACAUCCUAACCAGUGAAGGCAAUCAAGGCUACGGAGUGGAUGUCCGACCUAGGAAGAUAUGGGAUCUCUAUUCAAAAUUGGGAAGUAGAGUGAAGCCUGAUCUAAGGAUUGGCACUGUAACACCAUCAGACAUGACGUUGUAUUCAGAUACAGAUUGGCUCAUAGGAAACCAUUCAGACGAACUCACUCCUUGGAUUCCAGUCUUCGCUGCCAAAAGUUCUUACAGCUGUAACUUCUUUCUACUGCCUUGUUGCCCUUACGAAUUCAACGGCCAAAAAUACCAGCGUAAAGAUCCGUCAUGCAGCAGGUAUAUGGAGUAUAUCUCUUACAUCAAACAUAUAUCCGAACAAUGUAGUUUCAAUGUGAGUAUCGAUAAAAUGCGAAUUCCCUCCACUAAACGUAUCUGCUUGAUAGGAUCUACACGAAGCUGUCCGAGAGAGGAUUAUGAUAGUGUAAUUGAAAGGAUAGAUAGUAUGAUUAAGGAUAAAUGUGUUUCUGAUAACAAAAGUGAGAUGGAUUUCAAACCACGUGCUAGCGUUGAAAAAGUUACCAAUUGUACACAGGUUGAUAAAAAUAUUGUCAGUUCUAUUGUGUCACUCAUAACACGUGAAUUAUUGUCUAAUGCAGUCAAUUCAAGUGAAAACUCUAAAAGUGUUGUUAACAUAAGUGGAAGUGAAGUUAAUAAUAAGAGUGAAGUAAAUACUAGUAAAAGUAGAGUUGAUACAAGUGGAAAUAUUUCAAGAAUCAUUAGUAACGAAAAAUCAGCAUGUUGGAAUGCUGGACGGACGAUAGCUUUAAAUGAACUCGCCAAGAUCAUUCCCAAGGAACACUUGGUGUACAUAAAAAAAGAAGGAAAAGGUCUUCUCACACUUCUCAGGAAUCAUCAUCAUAUAUUUGAAGUUAACAAUGGCAACGUUUGCUUUAGAAUACCAUUGCCCGUUGACAAAAAUUUAAAUAAUGCUAGUAUCAAGAGUAAACCAUGUUGGUUUUACAAUAAUCAUCCAAACUCCUGUCUGUUGAACGAAGCGGAUUGCAAAUUUCAACAUAUUCAUGAUGAAGAUAGCUAAUAAAUAAGUUAAGGUACUAACUUAUAAUCAUUCCUAAAGAAGUCUUCCACCUGUUGAAAUGUGAAGAUAAAUUAUUUGAGAGUUAUUUUCAUAAAUUUAUCAUUUUUACAUCUUCAUUCUCCUCAUGGAAAUGAUCGAAUUUAUGAUUUUAACCAAUAUGAAUGAGAUAUUCAAUAAGCCUUUAUUAAAUACUAGAAGGGCACCCGUGCUUCGCUACGGGAAUUAAAAGAUAAAA